AUGAAUUCUUUCCGUAAAAGUUAGACUAACAACAUCAGUAGAAGAGAGUCCUUAGAAACUAUGCCUACUGUAUUUAAUGCAGAACUGCUGAAUUUGCAAUUUGCAAAUAAGAAGAAGGAGGUAGACAAUAACAUAUAUAUAUAUAUUUAUAGGUCAUAAAUGAAUAUGUUGUUAAAAGAAAAGCUGAAUUAUUGGAAGAAAUGCAAUAAGAAUAAAUACAUUAGGAUUACGAUAGAAAAACUGAAAUUUAAAAGUUAAAAGCAUUAUUGGCUAAUAUCAAAUAUCAAAAUGAUCUUAUGAAGUUAAAUUUAAAAUAAUACGAUCAAAUAUACGUUGAAUAAUAGAAAUUCACUACAAUCUCUCAUAAUGACUUGGUGGAUGUUAAUAAUUAAGUAGAUGCUGAAUAAGAAUAAAAUUAAGCAUUAUAGCAACAAAUUUAAUUAUUAGGACGCUCAUUAAGGAAAAAUUAAAAAUACAACAAUACACUUAUAGAAUAAUUGCAAUUAUUUACUCAAAAAUAGCCUUAGAUUUAUUUAAAGGAGUUUCAAAAUUAAUAAGCCUUUGAUGCAGCAAAAAAGUAAAAUACAAAGAUAAAAAAGGCGUUACAGGAAGAAAAAGAAUGGUAAAUAAAAUACUUAUGUGAAAAUACAACAAAUUAUGAACACAAAAAUUAAAUUGUCAAGUAAUUUAUAAUUAAAUUUAUUUAGGGAAAAUUUAGAAAGUUUAUGUUAAUAAGAAGAAAGAUUAAGAUAUCUAUAGGAAUAAUUGAUUCUAACAGAAAAAUAAAUUUAGGAUAUUGAUUUAGAAAUAUCAACUAAGUUCAAUAAGAUUGAAGAAUGUGCAGAAUUUUUAGAUGAGUUGGAUGAUUUCGACAAAAUUAUCUUAAUAUUUGUGAUGGAAGAUCCAAAAGAUUUUGAACUACCAGAAAUUUUGGAAAAUGCAAGAAAUUAAUUAUCAAAACCAAAGAAUAGAAUGUAAAUUGCUGAUAGCGAAUAAGAAUAUAUUGAUAGAGCUAGAUUUAGCAGUGUAAGUUCAAGAAUGAAAAUCUUUUUUAAAUUUCAUAACAAUAAUUUAUAAAAAUCAAUUGAUGAUUUGAUUUAAGUAUAUCGUAGAUUAUAAUUUAAUGAAAUGACUUUAAAAAAUAGGUAUGAAGAUUUAUUAGAUUAAAAAGCAAAAUUGAAAUAAAUUUUAGAAGAUUUAAAUUCCUUAGAAUUCUAUGCAAUGGAUGACAUUUUGUUUGAAAGAGACGAUCAACAUAUGAAUAUUGAAGAAUUAAAUGUAGAGGCAGCCUUAGUCUCUAAAAAUCAAUAAAUUAGAUUAGUUGAAAAUAAUGCUUAAUUUGUAUUGAGAAUGUACAGUAUGCUAACAAAUGUAUUAUUUAGAAUGAUUAAUUCACUCUUAAAUAUUAAAGAAGUAUUGAAAACCUGUCCUUCAGAAUUAUUUGAUUAAGAGUAAGAAUUUAUUAAAUUUUAGUUUUUAUUUAAAAUGGACAUACAAUAAAUUAUUUUCAAAAUUAACUACUAUUCAUGAUUAAUUGGAAAAUCAAUUUAAAAUUAAAAUAGUUGUUAAAGAUCCUGUAAUUCGUAAUUCAAAUCAAUUAUUGAAUGCUAUUUAUGAUCAUCUCGAAGAUCGUCCAGCUAAAAGGAAAACCUUGCUUCCUAUAGCUUAGAAAUAAGGUGUCUAAGAGAUUUUAGGCACAGUGUUAAAUAAAGAAGAAAUAAAAUAAAUAUCUGAUGCAAUUAUUAAAGAUCCAAUUUUAGCUUAGUUUUUUACUAUUAAUGAUUUAUAAAAUAUUGUUUCAUAACAAGAUAAUUACAAUUUAGAUAGUUUAUUGAAAAAGAUAAAAACUGAUGGAUAUGAAAUAGCAUUAACAACAGCAAGAAGAUAAUUAAAAUUCUUAUUAAAUUUUAUAGAAGAAGCUGUCUUUGAUUGUAAGAAUAUUUAAGAGUAGCAAAGUUCUGCUAAAUUACUUUAAUAAAAAUAUAAAUUAUAAGAUUUAAUGGAAAAGCACAUGAAUAGUUAUGAGUUUAAACCAAAAGAAUGGAAAAAGGAUGUAAUUGAAAGUAAAAUAAAAUAAUUAAGACCAUUGAAUGGAUAACCUUUUGAAGAAUAACCAUCCCCAAUAACUGAAAUAAGAAUCUAAUAAUAAUUAACUACUUAACCUCCUACUCCAAAAAUAUAACCUAUUCGAUUUUGUAGAACAGAAUAGUCACCGAAUUAAAUUAAAAGAUUUAUCUUCACUAUUGAUUCUUAAAUACCAAACUGUUCUUAAUCUUAAGCUAAUUAAAAGUAAUCUGAUCCUAUAUUUAUUCAUUUGCAUCAUAUGAAUAGAAAGAUAAAAAAUUUAAAUCGAUCUUAAACUUAGCAAAAAUCAAGUCCUCAUCAUCAAUUUGAUGUUCUAUUUAGCAAAAAAAGUGUAGAGUUAUCUCGUGAUUCAAUCACUAAUUUACAACUAAAAUCAACACCCUUAUAGUAGAAUAAAGUUAUUUUAAGAACAGCAUCAAAAUGCCCAAAAUUACUAAAUAAUACUAAUAAUAGCACUAAUUUAAUUUCGACUAGGUCGAAAUGUAAUACAAAGGCAUCAAAUGAUCAAAAAUUGGAAUAACCUCAAUCAAUUUGUAAAUCCCAAUUAUCAUCAACAUAUGGAAGCGCAAAUAAAAAAUUAUAAGAUUUCUUUCAUAUGACAAGCAUUAGAAAAAAAUGA